CCACUCUUCGACUUUCCUUUUGAAGUUUUGUACAGGCUGUCCGCAUGUCCGUCAUGUCAGCAGCUCCCACAGUCACAGGUACUAGGUAGCUAGCUGAGCUUGACUUUCUGCCUGUGACUCCGCGUCUUGACAUUAUGGACUCUUGACAUUACCGAUACUUAGGAAACAGGAUUCCGUUCUUGUACUUACUUACGAAUUUGUAGUUUCGGUGGCGUACGCGCCUACAGUAAGCCCAUAGCAAGUGUUUUCUUGUCGAGGCACGCAUGGUGUUCUUCUAGUUUAGGAUUGGCCCAUAUUGGAUGCGAUGGAGUGCUGUGUUAGCUGGUUGUUGCUUGCCGCUUGCCUUUUUGGGGUAGUGUUUUCUGGCGACCCCGAGGAAAACCUUGACGCAUGUGGCAUUGUGCAGUACCAUGGGUACCCGUGUGAGAAGCACUUUGUCGUGACGGACGAUGGAUAUAUCCUGCAGAUGCAGCGAAUUCCCUACGGCAAGAAGAACCAUACCAAGCCAGUCCCUGGUGUAACCAAGCCAGCUAUGUAUCUACAGCAUGGUCUCCUGGCUGCAAGUACCAACUGGGUGGCAAACCUGGUCAACGAGAGCUUUGGUUUCCUGCUGGCUGAUGCUGGCUAUGAUGUGUGGAUGGGUAAUGUGCGGGGCAAUACCUACGGACACAAUCACACCAAGCUCAGCCCCAAAUCCAAGGCCUUCUGGAAGUUCUCAUUUGAUGAAAUGAUUCGUUAUGACGUGCCCGCCAUGAUAACCCACAUCCUGCGUACCACUGGCCUAGAGCAGAUCUAUUACACUGGCCACUCACAGGGCACUAUGGUUAUGUUUGCUGGCCUGUCUCGCAACAAGACCCUGGCAACCCAGGUCAAGGCCUUCUUUGCUCUGGCACCUGUAACUACACUCGGUCACAUCGGUGGAGCGUUUAAAGAGCUCAGCUACAUUGCCCCAGAGAUCAUCGACAUCGUAAACCUUUUUGGAGACGGGGAGUUCCUGCCAUCCUCUCACUUUGUGCGCUUUCUGGCGCAGAAUUUCUGUGACACUCAGCUAGCGGAGGUGUGUGAGAACAUCCUCUUCGUGAUUGCUGGCUAUGACAAGGCUGGUAUGAACGAGACAAGACUGCCUGUGUACACAUCACAUUGUCCAGCUGGUACAUCUGUGCAGAACAUAGCACAUUUCGCACAGCUUAUACGAAGUAACCUCUUUCAAAUGUACAACUACCCAACGAAAGAAGAAAAUAUUGAGCACUAUGGCCAGGCUACACCGCCACUCUACCCAAUCGAGGCCAUCACUAACCCUAUCUACAUUUUCAGCGGCGGAAAAGACAUCCUUGCAGACCCGACCGACGUUGCGUCACUCAAGCCCAGAUUGCAGAACUUGAAGGGAUCCGUCUACAUUCCACCAUUCGAGCACCUGGACUUUGUCUGGGGUCUACAGGCAGCUGAUCUCGUCUACAAACCAAUUAUUAAAAUUCUGGCCGAGAUGGAAGGACGCUGAAAUACACACGAUUACAAAUCUUUUGUUUACUUUCUUCUUCCUCUUUUCUCUGGGUGGAAUGGACUACGAUAAUCACAGGGAGUGUGACACGUCCCCAGCUACCACAGUCACAUAAUAAUAUACUCAUACUAUCUCGAAAACGGAUUUUAUAGGUGAUUUUUGUUUUACUUUCUAAUGGUUUCUACCCUGUAAGGGAUAUUUUCCCCGAUUUCUUCCUUUUCCUCUUAAGCGGCUGAGUGCAUACAAAAUAGAAGAUUAAUUAUCUUUGUAUAUAGAGGUUUGUUUUUUUCCAGUUCAAACUAUUAAAUUUUGUCAUAUUUAAGUUUCCAAGUAGGGUGUUUACUAGGUUUUUGUUACUUGAAAAAAUCGUUCAUAUAGAUUUCCAGCGUUUUUCGUUAUCAUUUCUUGGUGGUGACUCAGUCGGGACUUGCGAAUA